UUCGCUCCCUGCGCAUGUGCACAGCAUGGCGCUGAGUACCAGCUGACUGGCAGUAUCCUUGCUUCUGUGUAUGUCAUCCCGGGCACACGGGCAGUAAGGAGCCAUGAAGACUGCCAUGUUCCUCCUGUCGUGGAUAGCCAUAGUGCCCCAGGUACUUUGUGAAUAUGGGAUGGCUCAUGUUACAUCAGAUAAAAGCGAGGGCAGUGCCAAAGAUUACUGUAUUCUUUUCAACUCCGAAUGGGCCCACCUGCCUCAUGACCUCACCAAAGCUGCCUUGCUCCAUCUUCAGGAUCAGACCUCAUCUGUGCUUUGUUCUCCUACGGAUGUUCCUGAUGGUGGAUUCACUAAUAGUAUCCCCAUGGUAAUGAGAGGAAAUUGUACUUUCUAUGAAAAGGUACGACUCGCACAGAUCAAUGGUGCUCGUGGAUUGCUGAUCGUCAGUCGGGAGAGGCUGGUCCCUCCUGGAGGUAACCGAAGCCAUUAUGAGGAGAUUGACAUUCCUGUGGCCCUUCUUAGUUACACAGAUAUGCUAGAUAUCAGUAAGACAUUUGGCCAGGCUGUAAAAGUGGCGAUGUAUGCACCAAAUGAACCCGUUGUGGACUACAACAUGGUCAUCAUUUUUAUAAUGGCUGUAGGAACCGUUGCUAUUGGCGGCUGCUGGGCUGCAAACAGAGAUGUUAAGAAGAGCUAUAUGAAACACAAGAGGGACGAUGGAGCAGAUAAGAAACAUGAUGAUGAAACUGUGGAUGUCACUCCUAUCAUGAUCUGUGUGUUUGUCAUUAUGUGCUGCUCUAUGCUGGUCCUCCUGUUCAACUUCUAUGACCGCUUAGUUUAUAUAAUCAUUGGAAUAUUCUGCUUGGCUGCAUCAAUUGGGCUGUACAGCUGCCUUUCUCCAUUUGUCCGAAUGAUUCCGUAUGGGAAGUGCCGAGUACCAGAAAAUAAUCUGCCUUACUUCCGUAAUCGCCCACCUGUCUGGAAACUCCUUCUAGCAAGCUUCUGUAUUGCUGUCAGUGUGUUAUGGGGAGUGUAUAGAAAUGAAGACCAAUGGGCUUGGAUACUCCAGGAUAUUCUUGGCAUAGCUUUCUGUCUCUACAUGUUGAAGGCAAUUCGCCUGCCCACAUUUAAGAGCUGCACACUACUCCUGCUUGUUCUCUUUGUAUAUGAUGUCUUCUUCGUGUUUAUCACACCAUUUUUUACAAAGAGUGGUGAGAGUAUCAUGGUUGAAGUGGCUGCAGGUCCAUCAGAUUCAUAUACUCAGGAAAAGCUUCCAAUGGUCCUGAAAGUGCCUAGAUUAAACUCCUCACCAUUGGCCCUCUGUGACAGGCCAUUCUCUCUUCUGGGUUUUGGAGACAUAUUAGUGCCAGGUCUCUUAGUGGCUUAUUGUCAUAGAUUUGACAUUCUGAUUCAGUCUUCAAGGAUCUAUUUUCUGGCUUGCACUAUUGCCUAUGGAAUAGGUCUGCUUGUGACUUUUGUGGCACUAGCUCUUAUGCAAAGGGGGCAACCUGCUCUCCUCUACCUAGUCCCCUGUACCCUCCUCACAAGUCUGGCUGUGGCCCUUUGGCGGAAGGAACUUCCCUUGUUCUGGACUGGCAGCGGCUUUGUGCAGAAAGACCUACCAGAUCCUAACCCCAUUAUCGCUCCUAUUGGGUCAGAAGCCUGUUUAAGCCAGCACAAUGAUAACGAAGAUCCUGUUGCAAACCACAACUGCGACCCUGCCACAGAGCCACAGCAAGAAGACACUACUAGAUCUCCUGUGGAUGGACAGCUGUGCCUGGCUACAGACAGGACUGUGGUAAAGACCGAGGAAGAAGAGCAUCUAAACUCUGGAUCUGCAAGAACAGCAGAAAACCAGCUGACCCAGGGCGUAGACAGUGCCAUCUCAGAUAGCUCAGUAAAAGCUAUACAUCAGAAUGUUGAAUAAGCCAUUGCUGCACACCUUUAUCCCCAACACAGGCAGGACCACAUUGAAACCCUUCUUUCCAAAGGUGGGUCAACGCAGACAGGACCAGGUCAUACUGCGAGGAAUGUAACUGAUAUAUACUGCCCUCUUCACUUAAUUCAGACUUAUGAUAGCAUUAUCCAAUAUAUAAUUCUAGUCAUGCAGGCAAGUUUUAAAGAGUAACAAGUUCAGUAUGGUACAAAGAAAUAAUAUCAUCCCUUAAAAAAAAAAAAAAAAUCAAUAAGGAAUGUGUGGAGUGGAAACCUCAUAUCUUUUAUAAAGCAGCUAUAGCCUUUAGUAAAGGAGAGAGAUUUCCAGUCACAGUAAAAAAAAAUGAAUGUGAUAUAAUGAAACCCCUCAUUGUCCUUUACACUGACGUAUUCCUCGCUAUUUCUUGCUCAGAAAGCAAUGACCCAGCAGUACAGCCUGUUUGCCCAGCUACCUCCACAAAGCUGCUUAUGGUGCCAUCCGGUCAGUCAAACACAGGGUGACUGGCAGCAGGAGUAUUGGAAUGAACUUUUCUCAUGAUAGUCCAAUGUAACCGCAUGCCUCUUCGGUAUCUUUCUGUAUUGCAGGACAUGUACUGCAGAUGAAAUGGGAGAAAUAUUUCCUUCCUUAAAGGACACUUUGGAAGCAUAUAGUUACUUAUCAUAUUUAGAAAACUUAUUAUUAUUUUUUCUUUUUGUAAAUGCAUUUACAAAAAGAACAAUUUUCACUAUAUAUAAUUGUGUGUAUGUCUGUUCAUACACACUGCAUAUGAUGUUACUUUUUCAUCUAUCACACUUGUAAUUUAACUAGUUAACUCUCAGCUACUUCAGUUGUGCAGGAGACUGUAAAUAAAUAAAUAAAACAUUUUCAUAAGUA